AGAUUAUAUAUAAAACGCAUUUCUUGUCGGCACUUCGACGAUAUUAAAAUUUUGAUUAAUGUAGUCGUUUAUAUUUUUAGUUCAUAAAAAAAUAGAAAUAGAAUUAAUUUAUAGUUAUUUUAAGUCAUAUAAUUUAUAACAACCUCUAUUUUUGACAUACAAGUGACUACAAUAUGUCACAGCUGGGGAGAGUAAAGCAAUGGCAAACAUUUGCACGUUGUUGGCAUCUAUUUGAUGCUACUUGGCAGAACCCUUUGGAGAGCGCAAAUACAAUUGAGAAAUAUUUAAAAGGACUCUAUAAACCCAUUUAUCAUCCAUAUGUUGAUUCUGGAGAUCAUGUUGUAGUCAUUAAUAGUAAGAAAAUAGCUUUUCCUGGUGAAGAAUGGCGACGGCGUGUGUACUUCCAUCAUACUGGAUAUUCAGGUGGAGCAUCAUGGACACCAGCUUGGGAAUUGCACAAUAAAGACCCUACAAUGAUUUUCAGAAAAGCAGUUUAUCACCAUAUGAAAGGAAAUUUAUUCCGAAGGGUAGUCAUGGAAAGAUUACACAUUUAUCCAGACUCGAAUGUGCCUAGCGAUAUACUGGAAAAUGUUACGAAUCAGAUUAGACCGCUGCGGUCUAUACCUAGAACAUUGGAUUCGUACAGUCAAGAAGAAGUCAUAAAAUAUCCAAAAAUUAUCGACUACCCCGAGGAUUAUGUUUUAAAGACAAAAGAAUAAAUAUAGUUUAUAUUUUCAUAAUUAUCUAUGUAUAUUAGACUAUUUUUAGUUUUUAUUUCUAUAUUUAGAUACAGUUUUAGUAUUGUUUUUGCUGUAUAUAUAUGAUGUUUUUUAUAUUAUCCGGUAUUGGCAAUAUUUACUAUCUAUAAAUUAUGUACUUUAUAGAUACACUUAAAAAAGUUUUAGUCAAGUAUAUGUAAAUUAUUAAUUAAUUUAUAACACUAGCCUUUUCCUUAAAUUGUUUUAUAUUGUCGCUUUAAAAUUUAUUGUGAAAAACAAGAACAAUAAUGUCAGGGAUAAACUAGAUUGUAAAAAAUUGCUGAAAACUCAUCUCGUUUCCACAGAAAUGUUGCUGAUUUUUUUUUUGGCCUAUUAAUUUUGUUAAUCAUUUGAUUUUAUCAGUUAUAGAUACAUGUAAAAAUAUACAAUUUUUCUGAUAGGUCUUCCGUCAA